AUGUGUGGAGUCUGUGAGUUUGGAACAGACGUUACUCAAGAAGAGGGUCAGGGAACUGAGGUGACGCAGGUUCUGACACCCUUCGUAUCGAGUCCUGGCAUGAUCUCAGUAAUUCCUAUGUUGCCGCCGUUAUCUGUGCUGUAUCCUCCCCUGCACCUGUCUCCAUCCAUCAUGAUCUCAGCCGUCACACCUGAGGACCCGGCUAACCACAAACACUUUUCUGUAAUAAAGUCAGAGAAUUCUCCAGACAACCAUGAGCUCCUCAAACCAAUCAAAUCUGAGCCGCACCCUGAACAUAUUCAGGACACCCACAGCCAUGAGAAAUCGGUCAUCACUGCCUUACCGACUUAUAAUGACAGGGGAAACACACAAUCCCCAAAGGUAGAAUCUCCAGAUCUGAUGAAGAAACGCAGAAUUCAUCGAUGUGACUUUAAUGGCUGCAAUAAAGUCUAUACCAGCUCCCAUCUGAAAGCCCAUAGACGCACACAUACAGGAGAGAAGCCCUAUAAGUGCAUGUGGGAAGGCUGUACGUGGAAGUUCGCCCGCUCAGAUGAGCUGACUCGCCACUAUCGGAAACACACAGGUGUAAAGCCAUUCCACUGCCCAGACUGUGAUCGUACCUUCUCUCGCUCCGAUCACCUUGCCCUGCACAAGAAGCGCCACCUUCUGGUCUGAACUCAAAACUGCAACACAUGAAUGGAGCGGAAAUCGCAGCUGUUGCUCAGCAGGACUUUCACCUUCAGUGGAUGUUUUUGUGUAUCCUUCCCCCUUCCUGUUCAGGACACUAUUCAUUUAGGAAGAAAGAGUGGAAAUGAUGGAUCAUAUGUUGGAUUUUACUAUCCAAGUGGACAUUACUGUGGAUAUGGACAAAUGCGGAUAGUGCUUUGGAUAUGACCCCUGUAUGUAAACCAAAUAUGUCAAACAAAAUUGAAUGCCAUCCAUAUUCAAAACAAUACGCACCUUUUCUCUCCAUAAACGUCUUCCUGCCGUUCUGUGUUGCCCACUGCAGGUCAGAGGGCCCAUUUACUACAAAAAAAAAAAAAAAACAAGCAAAAAUACACAAGCAGUAUGUCAGUCACGAAUACACACAUACACAACAGUUUCAUAGAUGUAAUAUUGUUUUAGAAAGCAGCUCGGGUCAAACCUGCACAAUGUGAAUUUUUUUUCCUUUAUAUUAUUAAGAAAAUUGAAUGUGUAUACGCAGAUCCUGUAUAUGUAUUCAGCAUGUGUGUUUCAUGUUUCAGUGUAAAGACCAAAGCUGAUUGUCUUGCGCAUC